AGGAGGGGGAUGGGAAUUUGGGGGGGGGGGGCCCAGAGGUUUUUUGGGGCUCCUUUUAAACCCCCCCCCUCGAUUCACAGAUUCGGGGGGUCCCGGCUGCAGAGCACGCACCAGGCGCAGGCCGCGCUCCCCAAAACUGGGACCACCACGGCCACAGCAGCCCCCAAAAAGCCCAGGGCGGCCUCGAGGAGUCCAAGUCCUUCGCCGUGGGGAUGUUUUUGGGGCGCCUGAACGCCGAGCAGGUGUUCCCCUACCCCUCAGUCCUGACCGAGGAACAAGAACAAACCCUGCAGGAGCUCGUGGGUCCCCUCAGCCGCUUCUUUGAGGAAGUGAACAACCCGGCCAAGAACGACGCCCUGGAGAAGGUGGAGGACGAGACCAUGAAAGGGUUAAAGGAGCUGGGGACCUUCGGGCUCCAGGUGCCCCCCGAAUUUGGGGGGCUGGGGCUCAACAACACCCAGUACGCGCGGCUGGUGCAGAUCGUGGGCCAGCACGACCUGGGCGUGGGGAUCACGCUGGGAGCCCACCAGUCCAUCGGCUUCAAGGGGCUGCUGCUCUACGGGACCCCCGCCCAGAAGGAGAAGUACCUGCCCCGCCUGGCCACCGGGGAGUGGGUGGCAGCUUUCUGCCUGACGGAGCCGGGCAGCGGCUCGGACGCCGCCUCCAUCCGCAGCCGGGCCACGCCCUCGCCCUGCGGAACCUUCUGGACCCUGGAGGGGGAGAAGAUCUGGAUCAGCAACGGCGGCCUGGCCGAGCUGUUCACGGUGUUUGCCAAGACGCCGGUGCGGGACGAGCGCUCGGGGGAGGCCAAGGACAAAAUCACCGCCUUCAUCGUCGAGAGGGGCUUCGGCGGCGUCACCCACGGUCCUCCCGAAAAAAAACUGGGAAUCCGCGCGUCCAACACGACGUCGCUGCACUUCGACUCCGUGCGCGUCCCCUCCCAAAAUAUCCUGGGCAGCCUCGGGGGGGGCUUCAAGGUGGCCAUGAACAUCCUGAACAACGGCCGCUUCGGCAUGGCCGCCGCCAUGGCCGGCACCAUGCGCGGGCUGCUGCAGGCUGCGGUUGCCCACGCCUCCACCCGGACCCAAUUUGGGGCCAAAAUCCACGAAUUUGGGGCCAUCCAGGAGAAGCUGGCCAGGAUGGCGCUGCUGCAUUACGUCACCGAGUCCAUGGCCUUCAUGAUCAGCGCCAACAUGGACAGAGGUGACCCCGACUUCCAGAUCGAGGCGGCCAUCAGCAAAAUCUUCGGCUCCGAGGCCGCCUGGGCCGUGGCCGACGAGUGCAUCCAGCUCAUGGGGGGGAUGGGCUUCAUGAAGGAGCCGGGCGUGGAGCGGGUGCUGAGGGAUUUGAGGAUUUUCCGAAUUUUCGAGGGAACCAACGACAUCCUGAGGCUCUUCGUGGCCCUCCAG